CCACAACGAAAAAAAAAAAAUCAUGAACUUCUGCAUGACGGAAACGCGAAAAAUAAUUCUAAAUUUUGCUUAAUUUGGUUGUACUUUUUCCGAAAAAAAUCAAGUGCAUUCAGUGUUCCUAUUGCAAGUGCCUCCAGUGAAAGUCAAUUCCGAUGAAAUAGAUAGUGUUGUAGUGCAGUGGCCGUGAAAUUCGGUUCCCUUCCAGUGUUUUCCUUUUUCUGCUCUUAUCUUUUUCAAGAACACCAUCAUGGCGGUGGUGGAAAAUAUGGAUUCGACGGAUGAGCAACAAAAUAAAAGUACCACAACAUUCAGCGAAAAAGAACCACCGCCCCCGGGGACUGAAGAGGAUGUUAUCGAAAUCCCGGUACAGACUUCCCUGAAUUCCCUCGUCACCAAUAGCAGCGCGAUCGACGAUGAGUAUGAGGAAGGGGAAAUUGAGGACGACGAGGACGAGGGAGUGCUCGAGUACGAGGACAUUAGUUCCGAGGAAGAGGUUAACAUUCGGGAACGGAUUGCCCAGCUCGAAGCGAUGGACGAUGAGCUGAGGAAGAUUAACCAGAUUACCGGAGCCAGCAAUGAGGACAUGGGGCAUUUUGCGCACGAUAAGCCAUCUGUGAUAGACGUUCGGAAGAAUGCCGAGUACGAAUGCAUUUCGGACGAGGAGGAUGUCGAGCUGUAUCUGCGGCGAUACGAGCCUAUUCCCAAACCGAAACUGUUACCAGUCCGAAGGAGAAAAUUGCGUCCACUGCGUGCCGGAUCUCAACGUUCGUUGGGGACAUCUAGCAUCAGCCGGAGGCAUGGGGAAUCGAAGCGAAGGGUAGAAAAGCGUAAGCAUGAGCAAUCGUCAGCUAGGAAAAGUGGUGGUUUGCAUCGAACUAGGCACAAACGGCGGAAGCAGCAUGUCGAUGCUUCCAUGGUGAACAUUGUCGACACGUCCGAGUCGGAGGGGGACUUUCCGCUGGAUAGGGCGCGCUUGCAGGCCGCUUGUAACAUAAAUGCUGGGAAACGGAAGACUGAUAAGGAGAACUGGGAUGCGUUGAAGCAAAAGCUGAAACUGUCGAUGCAAAAGCGAAAGAAAAAGCAAUCCGAAACGAGUAAGGAGGUAGAGAUUAUAGCGGAUGAGCCUAUGGUGCUGGUGGUUGACGAGGAGGAUGAUGAAGAGGAAGAAGAAGAUGAGGAAGUUCUGCAGCUGCGGUUGCAAGCUUUGAAAAGUAAGGCGGAAAUCAAGGAGUCAGGAGUCAUCAGUCUGCUUGACGAUCCGAUUACGCCGGAGACUGCGGCCGAGGAGCAACAGCUGAGAAUGAUCGCUCUCAGAUCGGCAUUUACCAAGAAGCAUGAAAUAAGACAGAAGAAAAAACAAGGAGAAAGGCCUUACUCUCCAAGUGAUGAGUUAUUUUUGUUUACUUCUCCGAUUGAAGAGGAGGAUGAUGAUGAGGUUCAAAUCAUUGAAAUACGUAAUGAAACCGUGGAAAUUCCGGAUAGCUCUUCGGACGAAGAAAAUCGUAUGGAAAUAAGUCCCGAGCCGCAAUGUCCCGAUCCACCGGAGAUUACCCAAGCGGUUGAUAUGGAAUUGGCCACCAGUGGUGAAUCUCGCAGUCCUAUGCUGCUUGCUGCUAGUCAUGAACAAAUAACCGAAACCAAAGAUGAUAUCCCUGAAGUGGAACCUCCUCCACCGCCUGUCAUAAGCGAAGAUUUGCAAAGCAAGCUUCCCGCAGAAGACGAUGAAGAAUCGCUUAGAAAUCAAUUACUAUCAAAACUUUCUGCAGCUGUCAUAAAACCAGUUCCGGCUCCCAACGGAAGCCGUCCGAUGACCCCGGAUUCCAGUAGUGAAGAAGAGGCAGAUGCCCUACGUGAGCUUAUCCUAUCCAAGAUGCAUAAAAAAUCUUCCAAUAAGCAAGUUUCGCCGGUUAACACCACGCCGCUCGCAUCGGAAGUUCCCGAGAAGACUGAAACAGCAGACAUUCCAAACGGUAAACAGGACAACGGUCCGGUUGCAGUUCCAUGCGCCAUGGAACCUCUUACCAUUAGCAUUAACAAUGUUUCUCUUCCGGUUCUGCCGGAAGACAGCCAAAUGCCAUCACCUGCCUUAAACCUCGCGGUUUCCACAAAUCAAUCGAAAGUACAAUCACAUCCCAACCUAAUAACCCUAAUCGGUAAGCAAAAGAUAACCCGCAAGAAACGGAAAAAGUCCAAUUCGACAACCAACGCAGCCGCCGCCGUCAAAAUGACUCUCCAACAAGUACAACAACGGGUUCCCACAAACAAUCAGGUCCUAGCGAUUGCCGUUCCACUUCCUUCGCGGACUCUAAUCAAUACCCCAGCAGUACAAAAGUCGUUGCCGCCACCUCAGAAAAUAAUGGUUACCACCAAAAAGCUAGUAAACAACCCCAACAAACUUAUCAAUCUGAACGCACCACUUCACCCCGUUCAAAUCCCCUCUCCUAAAGAACGAUCCACCCUGUUGGAGAACUACGUGCAAAAACCCGUUGCCAGGAUGGUAAUUCAGGUGGGCAAUUCUGAUUCGGAUUCCGAUCCAGACUACUACCCCGCCCCAGAUCCUGUACCCGAUCCGGCGACUGAACACGAAGCCAAACAGCACCUUCGGGAGGCGUUCCUCCGCGAUAUGGACAAUGCCAGUCCGUCACGUGUUAUGCUGGAGAGUCCCACCUACUCGCCGGCGCCAUUGACACCGACCAGCGUCGCCGAAAUGGAUAACAACGAUUCGCUACCGGAAGCUCCGGUCGUUGCUGGUCCUAACGACGUUGCCUUCGAGCAACGGUUGGAUCAUUUCCUAAGAACGGUGCGGACCAAGAUUGAUCAGAGUAAGGCCGCUGCCGGUACGGUUGCUGCUGCCGUCGAGGCCGAAAAAGAAGCGAGGACGAUAGUGGCGCCCAAUCCGACGGCUGGUAGCGGUUCCAGUGGUUGGGGAACGGCUGCGAAGGCAACGAGGAAGCCAAUCAUGGCACCGGCAGCGCCGAUUACACCGUCGGCCGUCCGUCAUCUGCCAAAGUCUGCCCAGCUGGAAUACCGUCGUCUGGUAGCUCGAAUGGCUCUUCUGGAGAAGCAAAAGCAGCAACGGGUUUCCGUCCAAACCCAUACGCGACCUCCUCCUCCUACUCCACCACCACCACCAACACCACCACCAUUGUUGGGUCCUCCGCAUCCUCUUACGAAAACCAUAAUCAAUGCGGGUCCUGGCGAGACAACUGAAGUGAGCAAAAAUCUUGAUCUUGUCGUUACCGUCAAUCGUGAUAGGCGAGAUGUGGUGAGCAAGAUCAGUCCUAAUGUACAACAGCCAUCGAAACGCAUUUCCGAACCGCUUGUCAAGCGGGUGUUGAUUAACAAUACCGUGAUAGCGGAAAGGGAGACUAACGUCCAGGAUGUUGCUCCUCCAGCCAUAAUAACCAAUGAUGAACAGCCACCCACCAGUACAUCAGGUACGACGAAUAACGCCACCGAAACUAGACCGGUGAGAGGCAGCAGUAGUUUGACGAAUCGUAAAGGUAAUGUCAGUCAGGAUCUCGAGGUUACUUCACUACGUGAAGCCCUCAAGCGGUUACCGGCACUGAGGGAGGAGGAUCGCCGGAAGGUGCUGACGAUAGCGGAGCAUCGCUUCGAGAAGCAUAGCCAAAAGUUCGCUCAGGAGCUUCAGGAAUUGAUCGGUACCGUAGAAAACGCACAACAGGAACGGCAGAAGCAAUACGACCUGGAGAAUAAGGUGGCCUUCUUGAAGGAAAAGUUGAUGGUGCUGGAGCGAGCAUUGUCCUUGCACAAGAAAAGACUGGACGACAUAUUCCCUGCUCUGCAUGAAUCGCACACGAAAGUGAUGGCCAGUCGCAAGCGAUCGAUCGAACUGAACAAUAUCUGCCUGGCGGUCGGACGAAAGACCCAAGGUCAAAACUACAGUCCACCAUCCAGCGCACGAAGUGAGAUUCACGAGCAGUUAAAGGUGCUAACCACGGAGACGAAACGGCUCAAAGAAAUGAAGAGGCUUUCGCUGGAUGAGUUCAAACAGCUCACAGCCGACCAAAGGCGACUGCAGCAUGAAAGGCAGAAGCAUGAAAUCGAAGAACAACUGGUCAAAUCGGCUACACCGGAGCCCGAUGAGCAGUUGCGGCCACCAGUCGCGGAAUCUCCCCCGACGAAUGAUAUAUGUCCAAACAACACCAAUGAGACUGUGGUGCCGCAGCAAACGGCCCCCGAGCUGGAUGUGGAACCAAGGCAAUACGCCAAAAGUGCACCGACCUCUAGAAGCGUAAGCCCGUUAGUCGUAACGGAGCAAGACCAGCAUGGCGUUACGCAGGAAGCUCCGGCGGCACUUGCUUGCGAAAUCAAAUCCCAAUUUAAGCAGUACACGUCCCCGUUGGUGUCCCUGAAAGAUCAAAGUGCACUAAACAUUCCGGACGGUGUAAUAUGUCCCUAUCAGAUGCGUGGCGAGUGUAUUGAUCAAGACUGUAAAUUCGAUCAUUUCAAAUAGUAGCGAAUGUGCGUGACACUUGCCCCACACCCUACCACUCUCACACUAACCCGGUAGUUCCCUGUUUCUAACAUCCAACCCACCCCAGUCCUUACAUCCUUCAAUUCCCCCCACACGAUCCGCUUAGUGCUCACCGCCACAUCCCCAUCGGUCCCCUGGUUAUCAGUUUGCUCCCAAUUUUCAAACUUUCCGUAGUUCUUUUACUUUUGAGACACUCAACUUUUCUCUUCACAAACACACACCGUCACCAUUGUAAACACGUCUCAUAACACCACGGGUCCCGUAAAAAAGAACGCAAAAGAAAAGUGUGACCAAACAGUUGUUACAAAACCAAAAAAAAAGAAAAGAAGGAAAGUGUGACCAAGCACAGAGUUGCUGGAGUAAGUGAUCAAAUCAGUGAGCUUUUUUUACUCAGUGUGUGGAAUGUGUCCCGCAGCGCAGCCGGACCAUAUUGAAUGAAUGACCAUUUCUAGUGUGAUUAUGUUGCCCGGGAACGCAACGCAAGGUGUCCCGUGCGAGGAGACCAAAGGAAUAUUAUCAACGUCGAGGAAGAUCUCUUUAGUGAUGAUUCAACCGAUUGCCAUAUGGGUUUCUCUAGUUUUGUUUUUUUUUUGUUUGUUCAUUAUCCCAUUUCGAUUUCCAUGGUUUUACUUAUGUUCGGGUUUUGCUUUAUUACCUUUUAUUAGUUCACCAAAAAACCAAUCAAACAUGUUAUUAUAUUAUAAGUUUUGUCAAUGAAAUAUUAUUAGUUGUUUUAAGCGAAUUUGAUUCAGUGUUGCAUCAUGCUGGAAAAGACGAUUGCUUUGUUAGUGUGAUUACGGUUAUCAAGAUUUCGUUGUUCGAUUACCUCAUACACAUAACCGCUAAUCGGGGAAUGUAAGCAGUGGAAAGCGGUUAUUUAAAACUCGUUGAAGAUUAGAAGAAAAAACAUGUAUUUUGUAG